CCAUAAGCAACUCGAAAAAAAAAUGGCACCAAAAUUUAAAAAUGGCGAAUCCUAGCAUUUUAAUGUUUUUAUAUCCAUAACACCUUUGAACUUUGCCAACAAUUCAACUAUUGUGUCUGAGCUCACCUUAAUGCAGUGUUUAAUUGGUUCAAUUAAUUAAUUACUAUCUUUACCUAAUGGAUGACUGCUGCAAUAAAAAAUAUAACAAUGGAUUGUUCAAUUCAUCGAGCUAUAUUAUUCACAAAAAGAAAGACCCAAAUGAUGGCAAAGAAGCAAAGGAUCCUUUCAGCAGUCAUCCAUUGGGUGGAAGUAUCCAAGCGAAGAGGAUUGAAGAGAUAAGUUUAUAUUCACCACGGCAGGUGACAGCGUUAAAGAAAAGCGUGGGGUCACUAAAGAACCAAGCCACCAGCGCUAGAAUAACUACCCCGAUAAGAACGUGUCUUGAACCUUAUUGUCAAGUCAAGUUGGAUUCGUUGAACGAGCUUAAAGAUAGCACAAAAAAGUUAUUAUACCUUCUAGAAGACAUACAGUCAAAGACUUAUUCAAAAGAUCUUCCUCCCCAGGACUUCACCGAAGUCUUACUUGUAAAGCCGGAUGGUAUGAAAUGGCCGUCAGUAAACGAUGACAACGUAGAUCCAGCACUGAAGAAAUUGGAAGCCCAAACGAAAACUUUGAAUAGUAUUUACAUAGAGGAUGAUGAUGACGAUUGUUCAAUAUUCAAAAGGCUUACAAGAAAGUGCCACUGUUUAAACCAACAGGAAUAUAAUGACUUUAUAAUACAUUUCAACGAAGACACGAAAUACUUCACAAGCACCAUUGGAGAAAUUAUUAAAAAUAUGCGCAUACUGAAGAAGUUUUUGUAUAUGGGUGGCAGAUACACACAAAAUGCACUGACAUUUUUGAAUGAGGGUUUGGCAGAUUCAGGAUAUGUGGAGAAGGUAGAAAUAACGCAGGGUUGUUCUCAUGCUGACGUGUGUAAUGUUUUCGAAGACCAUUCCAUUGUCAUUAUGUGUAUUUCUUGGCCAUUCAAGUUAGAAUACUACGGAGAUAGUAUGACACAGAGUUUAGCAGCAUCAUUUAUAUCCAAAUUGGCGCAAAUGGAGGAGGGUCGUCGAUACUUGAAAUUCACAUCAAGAAUAACAAAUGAUAUAAAAAAGGUUUUACGAAAGAAAGGGUCUAGGUUAGACAUGGAUACUGUUGAAUCUUUAAACGCCGCAUUAAAUGUGCUGCAUCCACCAAUGACACAAAAUUCAUCAUACUUGAAGCAUACUGAUGAAGCGUAUGGAGCCGAAAAUAUAAAAGCUUUAAAGCAUUAUAGGCAGUAUAUGACAUUAGAUGAAAUUUUUACACAUUUAGACUUACUACACAACCUAAGUAUAGAAGAUCAUGGCAAAAAAUAUAUGACAUCAGUCUUGCCUUCCUUGCUGAUUUUGUUUAAACAAAUGCUGAAAGAGUAUGACAAUAGUGAAAUGAAUAUAAUAGUAACGGACAUCCUCAAUAACAUUGUCUCUACUAACAUGCUAAAACCAAAAGAAAACACUUGGCCUCGAACAGUGACAGUGGCACACACUGCAACAGAGUCUAUUAAAAUGAGGAAUGAGAUGGUUCAAAUGCCCCCACCACCUCCAUCACAUAAAAAAAGUCAUACAAAGAAGGCAAGCAACAAAUCAAAAAGUCAUGUGGGACCUACCAAAUUCCGCCAAGCAUCAAGACGUAAAGUUUCAGAAUAUGAAAAUCCAAUUUUCCUAAACCGAUCAAGAAAGUUUACCAAAGACGGAAAUACACACAUCAUAGUUGUUCCAAUCGAAAAUAAAUAAUACUGAGAGACAAUAUUGUUCAAAAACCGUUUAUUUCCAGUAACAAUAAUAAUAUUAUGAACCACAUCAACCAAAAAUAAAUCUAUAACAUCUAAUGUUAAAUUCAGAAAUGGUGUAAAAAUGUAUACACAGUUUUUUGGAAUUAAACUUUUAACAUAUU